UAUAAUUCUUGUCAUUUUUUGAAUAUAAUCCUUGUCAGUCGUGGGUUUUAGUGCCCAGCUUGGUGAGUUGUUGGGCUGUGUUGUCUGAAAGGUGCCAAGCAGAGUCUGCUCUCACUUCUCACCCAGAAGAGCCCCAGCUCUGGACACAGUGGUGACAGCUGGAAUUUCUGAAGUACAUGUUACCAUGGCGAUGACUGCAGGGACUACAACAUCCUUUCCCAUGAGUAACCACACCCGGGAGAGAGUCACGGUGGCCAAACUCACGCUGGAGAACUUCUACAGCAACCUAAUUAUACAGCAUGAGGAGAGGGAAACCAGGCAGAAGAAGCUGGAAGUGGCUAUGGAAGAGGAAGGCCUUGCUGAUGAGGAGAAAAAGCUGCGCAGGUCACAGCAUGCUCGCAAGGAAACGGAGUUCCUACGGCUCAAGAGGACCAGGCUCGGCUUGGAUGACUUUGAGUCUUUGAAAGUCAUAGGAAGAGGAGCCUUUGGGGAGGUCCGCCUCGUUCAGAAGAAGGAUACAGGUCACAUUUAUGCAAUGAAGAUACUGAGAAAAGCUGAUAUGCUGGAGAAAGAGCAGGUGGCGCAUAUCAGAGCAGAAAGAGAUAUUUUGGUUGAAGCGGAUGGAGCCUGGGUAGUGAAAAUGUUUUACAGCUUCCAGGAUAAAAGAAACCUUUACCUGAUCAUGGAAUUUUUACCUGGAGGUGACAUGAUGACCUUACUAAUGAAGAAGGACACUUUAUCAGAGGAGGAGACCCAGUUUUACAUUUCUGAGACGGUGUUGGCCAUUGAUGCCAUUCACCAGCUGGGAUUUAUCCACAGGGACAUCAAGCCAGACAAUCUCCUGCUGGAUGCCAAGGGUCAUGUAAAGCUGUCUGAUUUUGGGCUCUGCACAGGUUUAAAGAAAGCCCACAGAACAGAGUUCUACAGGAACCUCACACACAACCCACCAAGUGACUUCUCAUUUCAGAAUAUGAACUCAAAGAGGAAAGCAGAAACAUGGAAGAAGAACAGGCGACAGCUGGCAUAUUCUACUGUGGGAACCCCAGACUAUAUUGCUCCAGAAGUGUUUAUGCAGACUGGGUACAACAAGCUGUGUGACUGGUGGUCCUUGGGAGUGAUUAUGUAUGAAAUGCUAAUAGGGUAUCCACCUUUCUGCUCAGAAACGCCACAAGAGACUUACAGGAAAGUUAUGAACUGGAAAGAAACGUUGGUAUUUCCUCCAGAGGUGCCCAUUUCAGAGAAAGCAAAGGAUUUAAUUCUAAGGUUUUGUAUCGACUCAGAAAAUAGAAUUGGUAGCAAUGGAGUAGAGGAAAUAAAAAGUCAUCCAUUUUUUGAAGGAGUAGACUGGGGACAUAUUAGGGAAAGACCAGCUGCAAUCCCUAUAGAAAUCAAAAGUAUUGAUGAUACUUCCAACUUCGAUGAAUUUCCUGAAUCGGACAUUUUACAGCCAGUGCCAAACACGACAGAACCUGACUACAAAUCCAAAGACUGGGUUUUCCUCAAUUACACCUACAAGAGGUUUGAAGGGCUCACCCAGCGUGGCUCCAUCCCUUCCUACAUGAAAGCUGGGAAGUUGUGAAACAGAACACAACCCCCAAAGGAAAUUACAAACACAAACCUCAGGUAGCUGCAUCACCAGGCCCGCUUGGCGUUAGUUAUCAACACAUCGACUCUGGUGCGCAUCAAUUUCACAUGGAAAUUCUACAGGAUUAGGAUUUCUAAGACUACUACAGGAAUUAGUUGGCAGUGCCAGCUGGCUUUUUUUUUUUUUUCCCUUUUUUUUUUUUUUAAUAUUUGAAUAUUUUUGUUAACUCUAUAAUACAAAGGUACUGGAAUAAAAGGAACAUGCAUCCCUUUU